UGGUACUCGGUUGCGUUCACAUCUCAUCCAAUUGGCAUACAACUUGAGAGAGAAAAGGUACGGUGAAGACGAACAACAUGGCGCAUGUAGCCGGUUUGCUCGCCUCGGCUGUGGUCUCAGCGGUGGGCAAUAAGCUGGGUUCUGCCAUUGGGGAUGAGGUCACGAUGCUGUGCAACUUCAAGGACGACCUCAAGGACAUGAAGGACACAUUGCAGUACAUGGAGGCGGCGCUCAAGGAUGCUGAGAGGCGGUCUGUCUCGGAGGAGUUGGUGCGGCUGUGGCUCAACCAGCUCAAGAACGCUGCCUACGACAUCUCUUACAUGCUCGAUGAGUUCCAAGCUAACAGUGAACCAGCCUCCAGAAAGAUGAUUGGGAAGCUGGACUGUUUUGCUAUUGCACCCAAGAUUACCAUGGCUUAUAAGAUGAAGAAGAUGAGAGGUCAGCUGAGGAAGAUCAAAGAGGAUCAUGAGAGUUUCAAAUUCACAUAUGAUAAUUCCAGCCUAAUAAAUGUGCACCAGUUUCCUGAUCCACGGGAAACAACGUCAAAUGUCAUUGAAUCACUCAUCAUAGGGAGAGACAGAGACAUGAUGAAUGCUCUUUCUUUGUUAUCCAAAAACGACAACAACAAAGAAGAUACCAUAGUUCUUCCUAUUUGUGGGCUUGGAGGCAUAGGAAAGACAACUUUGGCACAACUGGUCUUCAAUGAUGCUAAGUUCAAAGAUUAUGAUCAUCGGGUAUGGGUCUAUGUAUCCCAGGUGUUUGACUUGAAAAAAAUAGGGAACUCCAUAAUUUCUCAACUACUGGAAAAAGGAAGCGAGAAUCUUGAUACACUGCAGUUGAUAAGCCAACACCUUAAACAUCUACUUGAAGAUAAGAAGACUCUGCUUGUUUUAGAUGACCUUUGGGAGGCAGAUAACUCCCAACUGAAUCAACUCAAGCUUAUGUUGAAUGUAAGCUCCAAGAUGCAAGUCUUAGUCACAACACGCAACAUAGACAUUGCAAGAAAAUUUUGUACUGUUGAACCAUACAUGUUAGAUCUCUUGGACAAUGACAUGUGCUGGAGAAUAAUCAAGCAAAAUAGUGGCUUUGAGUCUAGAUCUGAUAAAGAGCAAGUUGAACCAGUUGGACAGAAGAUUGCAAGGAAAUGUGGAGGUUUGCCAUUAGCAGCUCAAGCACUUGGAUUCUUGCUAUCUGGAAUGGAUCUUAGUGACUGGAAAGCAAUGUGCAAUAGUGAUAUUUGGGACGAACCAUUUUCUGAUAGUACAGUGUUACCAUCCUUGAAGUUAAGUUACAAUACUUUGACACCAUAUUUGAGGUUAUGCUUUGCAUAUUGUGGCAUCUUUCCUAAAGGUCACAAUAUAAGUAAAGAUGCUCUUAUCCAGCAAUGGAUUUCUCUGGGUUUCAUCGAGCCAUCUAAUAAUUUUUCGGCCAUACAACUUGGCGAGAAGUAUGUUAGGCAAUUCCUUGGGAUGUCUUUUCUUCAGCAUUCAAAAUGGUGCAUGCCAUAUGCAAAAACAAUCUUCACCAUGCACGAUCUGGUGCAUGAUCUCGCAAGAUCGGUCAUUACUGAAGAGUUGGUUGUCUUUGAUACUGAAAUAGCGAGCGGUGCUAGAAGAAAAGAAUACUGCCGCUAUGCGUCUCUUACAAAUUGCAAUAUUUCAGAUUACCUCAAGGCGAGGAAGAUGUCAACUAUUUUCCCACCUAAGUUAAGGGCGAUGCAUUUUACAGAUUGUGAAUAUCAUGGUGGUGCAUUUUCAUUUCCAAAGUGCUUGCGUGUCUUGGAUCUAUCUGGAUGCUCCAUCACAGAGUUUCCAAGCGCUCUAGGACAACUGAAGCAACUGGAGUUUCUUAUUGCUCCGAAGCUGCAAGAUCGGCAAUUUCCCGAGAGUAUUACUCGGCUCUCAAAACUACGUUACCUAAACCUCAAUGGACCAAAUAAAAUUUCUGCAAUACCAAGCUCAGUUGGCAAACUUGGGAGUCUAGCGCAUCUUGACUUAUCUUAUUGUACCAGUGUCGAAGUCAUACCAGAGACUCUUGGAAGCCUACAAAACCUUCAAACGCUCGACCUCUCAGGUUGCGUUCAACUAGAGUCCCUUCCGGAGAGCCUUGGAAGCCUCAAAAACCUUCAAACACUCAACCUCUCACGGUGCCAAAAACUAGAGUCCCUUCCGGAGAGCCUUGGAAACCUCAAAAACCUUCAAACACUCGACCUCUCAUUCUGCAAGAAACUAAAGUCGCUUCGAAAGAGCAUUGGAAGCCUCCAAAACCUUCAAACACUCCACCUCUCACACUGCUUUCAUCUAAAAUCCCUUCCGAAGAGCCUUGGAAGCCUGCAAAACCUUCAAACACUCAACCCCUCAAUGUGCAUUAAUCUAAAGUCCCUUCCAAUGAGCCUUGGAAGGCUAAAAAACCUUCAAACAUUCAACCUUAGGGAAUGCGUUCAACUAGAGUCCCUUCCGGAGAGCCUUGGAAGCCUCAAAAACCUUCAAACACUCGACCUCUCAUACUGCCAGAAACUAGAGUCCCUUCCGGAGAGCCUUGGAAGCCUCAAAAACCUUCAAACACUCGACCUAACAUACUGCCAGAAACUAGAGUCCCUUCCGAAGAGCCUUGGAAGCCUCAAAAACCUUCAAACACUCAACCUCAAGAAUUGCGUUCAACUAGAGUCCCUUCCGGAGAGCCUUGGAAGCCUCAAAAACCUUCAAACACUCAACCUCUCACGGUGCCAGAAACUAGAGUCCCUUCCGGAGAGCCUUGGAAGCCUCAAAAACCUUCAAACGCUUACACUCUCAGGCUGCUAUAGGAUAAUGUCCCUUCCGAAGAGCCUUGAAAACCUGAAAAUCAUUGGAAGAGAUUGAGGUUAUGGAUACACGAGCAUCAAGUAUUUGCCAAGGUGUAUGCAACAACUCACCGGUCCCCUGAUGGUACACAAUUCUGACAUCAGUGAACUGAGGCUGUUGUGUGAACCAAGCUUUCCCAGAUCAAAAACAUUGGACUGCAGAAGCACAUGUGUGGUGUGAUCAAUCAGCUGAAGUGGUGGAGUAUGUCUUCUCGGAAAGCAAAAACACUUCACGGAUCAGUUCAAAGAUGAGGUUAAAGGCACACAACCUUACAGCCUUGUGUGCGCAUACUUCUUCAGCCAAGGAGAGAAGCGGUUCACCUAACCAAAUCUCAAGACUCAGCUUUGCUGUCAAAGCCAAUAAUGUACAUCAUCAGUGACUAGUUCUUUCAAAGCUCUGCUUCUUCUCGUCUGCUUCGUCAGGUCUGCAACCCGUCAGGGCUCGGCUUUUGGAUUACUUCAUCGCUGAAUUCUAGGGUGACAAAUACCCAUUGCCUGUGAAGUUGGGACAAUCUAUGUUGGACUCUUCGGAAGUGUUUGUGUCGUGAGAAACUGAAGUCGGAGAUCUCUCCUGUAACUUGGGAGAAUCUAUGCUGAUCUCUUCAUAAGUGGUUGUGUUAACUGCCAUGAGGACAUUAGUUAUUUUUGUUCCUGAUAGUAAGUUCGUCUUGCUCAGCAGUUUGUAGAUCAAUCCUGUUUGUUGCCGAUCUAAAGAAACUGUGAUAACUUUGCGGUUU